AUGUCUGCUCCUUGGCCUUUCGUAGCUUGGGGGAUAGAUGUUAUUGGGCCAAUUGAGCCAAAAGCUUCUAAUGGGCACAGAUUCAUUCUAGUUGCCAUUGACUACUUCACCAAAUGGGUAGAAGUUGUUACAUUCAAAUCAGUCACCAAGAAAGCAGUGGUAGACUUUGUUCACUCUAACAUCAUAUGUCGUUUUGGUAUACCAAAGACCAUUAUCACGGACAAUGCGGCCAAUCUUAAUAGUCAUCUCAUGAAGGAGCCAAUGGAGCUGUUGAAGCUGCAAAAAAAAAACAUCAAGAAGAUCCUCAGGAAGAUGGUACAAGGAUCUAGGCAAUGGCAAGAGAAAUUGCCUUUUGCUCUUUUAGGGUACCGCAUGACUAUCCGCACGUCUGUUGGCGAAACUCCUUACUUGUUGGUUUAUGGAAUUGAGGCGGUCAUACCAGCAGAAGUAGAGAUCCCCUCUCUUCGAAUCAUUGUUGAAGCAGAUAUUGAUGACACUGAAUGGGUCAAGUCUAGACUAGAACAAUUAUCGUUAAUCGAUGAAAAGCGGUUGACGGCGGUUUGUUUUGGCCAGUUAUACCAGCAAAGGAUGGCUCGCACUUACAAUAAGAAGGUGCGUCCAAGACAUUUUGAGGUGGGCCAACUUGUUAUGAAACGCAUCCUUCCGCACCAAGAAGAAGCGAGGGGAAAAUUCGCCCCAAAUUGGCAGGGCCCUUAUGUUAUCAAACAGGUGUUGUCGAAAGGAGCUUUGCAGUUGUCCGAUAUAGAAGGAAAGGUGGCUGAUAUAGCCAUUAUCACAAACUCAGUCAAAAGAUAUUAUGUUUGA